AUGUAUGUAAAUUGGCUUCACUACUCGAUUCCAAAAAUCUCGUUUGUCUUAUCCUUCAUCUCCAACCCAGUUUUCAUCUACCUCAUCUGUUCCAACAAAAAAGUACUUUUUGGAAGUUACCGAUACCUUUUAGUUUUUUUCGCAGUGUUCAAUCUGUGUGCUUCGGUUGCAGAUCUUCUCAUUCCUGUUUCAGUUUUUUGCUACCACUAUGCUUUUGUCACUUGGAUUGUGGAGGGUCCAUUUUCUGUGCGAUCAGAAUAUGGAGAAAUUCCUCUCUCGUUCCGCUGUUCAUUUAUUGCUGGUACCUACGGUAUUUUAAAUAUUCAUUUUGUGUUCAGGUUUCUCACUUUGAAGAGCAAUAACAUAAUCAAUGAUUAUUUUAUGCCAUAUGGUUUGAUAUUUUCCAUUGGCUAUGUUAUAGUUCAUAUGUUUAUUUGGUCAUUGAUCGACUUCUACUGCCUUCACUCUGCACCUGAGAUGCGAGACUACAUACGAGUUCCAUUCAAGGAACUCUAUAAUGAAAGUAUUAGUGACAUCAAUUUUGUUGCUGGUUUAUUUUCAGAAGCCUCGUCCACAAUUGUUGCCAGAUCGUGGGCUGGUAUUCUACUGUUGACCAUCAUUGCAAGUUACUCUAUGAUCUUGUAUUUUGUUUUGGGUUACAAAAUCGUCACAGGCCUGAACAUCAAAUCAAUCACGAUGAGUAAGCAAACGACACAGAUGCAAAAACAGCUAUUCAAAGCGUUGGCCAUCCAAACAAUCAUUCCAAUUUGCGUCAGCUUCAUGCCAUGCUCUCUUAGCUUCUAUGGAGCGGCUCUGAGAAUUGACUUUAUGAAUUGGGUGUACUGGGCAUCUGCCGUUGCUGUUUCAAUGUUUCCUUUCUUGGAUCCAAUGGCUAUCAUUUUCUUUUUGCCAGCUCUUCGUCGGCGUAUUAUGAACCCUAUUGGUUUUGGAAGAACUUCAAUCUCAGUGGUGACACAUCAGUAUUCUGAAGCAACUAAUCCAACAUGA